CUCCGGGGCAUCCGGGCAUCGCCAUUCGCCAGCCACCACACCACCACCACUCCACUCCAGUGCGUGUCCACCCCCGCGCCGCGCCGGCAGCCCGAAGAGCCAGCCAGCCAGCCAUGGCGGUGAGCAACAACAUCACGGCGUGCGUGACGCUACUGGCCCUGAUCUGCGCGGUGCCCGUGAUCGCCUCGGGGAUCUGGUUCGCGUCGGCGCAGGGGGACGAGUGCGCGCGCCUGGCGCGGUGGCCCGUCGCCAUCCUCGGCGGCCUGCUCCUCCUCGCCGCCCUCGCGGGCUUCGUCGGCGCCUACUGGAACCGCCGCCGCCUCCUCGCCUUCUACCUCUUCGCCAUGGCCGCGCUCAUCGUGCUCCUCAUCGCGCUCCUCGUCUUCGCCUUCGCCGUCACCCGGGGCUCGGGGGCGUACCCGGUCCUGGGCCGCGCCUACGACGACUACCACCUCGACGGCUUCUCCAUGUGGCUCCGGGGGUACGUCUCCGACGACCCGGGGAGGUGGGAGAAGAUCAAGGCGUGCCUCGUCGUCUCCGACACCUGCAAGAAGCUCGCGCGGCAGGCCGCCUUCGUCAACGCCGAGCAGUUCUACCAGUCGCACCUCUCGCCGCUACAGUCCGGCUGCUGCAAGCCGCCGUCGGUGUGCGGGUUCAGCUACGUGAGCCCGACGGUGUGGACGGCUCCGGCGCGGCCGGCGGCGGACCCGGACUGCGGGCUGUGGAGCAACGACCCCGCCCAGCUCUGCUACGAGUGCGAGUCCUGCAAGGCGGGGCUCCUGGAGGCGCUCCGCGACCAGUGGCACAAGGCCAACAUCGCGCUCGUCGUCGCCACCGUCUGCCUCCUCCUCCUCUACCUCAUCGGCUGCAGCGCCUACAAGAACGCCCAGGCCGCCGCCUUCUUCAGCCGCUACAAGUGAUCCGUCGAUCGAUGGUGAGUUAGCUCGCCGGCCGGAGGCGUCGCCGUAUGUCAGGCUAUGUUGAUUGUUGUAUGUUGUGCACAAGUAGCUGUGAUCGAUGUGCUUCCUUCAGUCUCUUCUUUUUUGCUUUUGUGGUGGUAGCUAGCAGUAGAUGAUGUAAGAUGUGUUGCAAGGUAGAGGAGAUGUAAGAUUGAAGGUCGGGGUCGAUGUUAGGAUUGAUUAAUUUGGUCGUGCUUUUGUUUAAUUUUCUGUCAGUGAUCAGCAAUGACUGAAGAUCAGUGACCAGGUUAGGUGCACGCAUCACCAUUGCCGAUUUGUUCAGACUCGUUGGCUUUGCUUCCUCUGCUGCCGGGGGCAGUCAGAUUUGUUAGGUUUAAUUAGUCAGAUUUUGUUUCCCCCGUUGUGAAACAGGAUGGCUAGUGAGACUUGUCA